UCAUUUAGACAGUGAAAAAAAAAAACAACAAAACAAAAAUUAAUGGAAAACAAAUUACUUAAAUUUAGACUUUUCACCGUUCUAUGUUUGAAAUGUCUGUCGUGCAGUGGAUAUCGGUGUCCAUGUUGAUUCUUAUAAUACUCUUUUUUACUAUUUAUACUAUUUACUUUACAGCUGCAAGCGUUCAUGAUCAGAAUGAUUGGAAUUAUCGUGCCUUCUGCCUAUUUGCCAUAUAUAUUCUACACAAUAUAUUCGGUAAUAUGUUUUUGUGCUGGCAAACGGACAGUUCAUGGAAAAGUUUGCCCCAUUCUCAACAACAACCGCCGCCCUCGGAUGCCCCUUUAUGGCACUUUUGCAAGCCUUGCAAUAUGAGGAUGCCGCCUCGUUCGUGGCAUUGCCGAAUCUGUGAAUGUUGCACUCUGAAACGCGAUCAUCAUUGCGUUUUCUUGGCCAGCUGCAUUGGACAUAAUAAUCAAAGAUAUUUCAUUUGCUUGAUGGCCCAUUUCAGUUUGGCAACAGCUGUUUGUUUCGCCUAUUGUAUAGCUGAAGCAUGGUAUUCUCAUUCUCUUUUGAUUACCGACCCUCUGUGGUUACACCUGAUUUUCUGGGGAUAUAAUAUAGAUAUCGAUCCCUCUCAAUAUAGCUGGCAAAUGUUAACAUCGUUGAUAGCAAAACUCAUUUUAAUUGUCUUCAUGUUGCCAACUUUUGUGUUAAUAAAUCAAAUGGCGAUAGUCAAGCGGAAUAGUACCAAUUAUAAUAUCAACGAUCGUUCGUAUGAUAUUGGAUUUUGGCAAAAUGUUGAAACGAUUUUUGGCAAACGUCGUUUUUGGACACUAUUAUCGCCGUUUUUGAAUAGCCCCCAGCCCCAUGAUGGUAGCCAGUGGACAUCAUUGAAGGAUUUGUAACAAAAAGAUGAAUUAUUUUAUGCCAAUGAACUAACUAACUAACUAGUAGGAAUAAAGUUACUCAAGGGAAAGCCAAUUGCUGCAAGAGAUUGCCAAACGGAAAAUCCUUAGAAAAUUUGUAUCAAUUUUUAAAACUCUUCGACAAGUUUAUUAAUGAAAAGUGAGGACUCAUUAAUCACCUUAAGGUAUAUCCAAGAAACCUUGUUGAUUCAUUUGAUGGAAAAGCAAGAUCCUUUAUUCAAGUCAGAAUCGCAUUUAUAAAUAAAUAUGAUAAAUACAGCCUACACUGUCAAUUUA